AUGGCUGUCAACGCUCUCCCUAAGCGUUACGUUUUGUCUGGAAUGAUUUUUGUUGGAUUCUUUGUUAUGUCCGGGCUGAGAGUAAAUUUGAAUGUCGCUAUUGGUGCGAUGGUCAAUAAUCACACGGCUGUAGUGGAUGGAGAAAUAAUCUGCAGGGUAAGUGAAGACAGCACCUCAGAGAAAACUCGUUCAUGUAACACUUAAAUCAACUUGUGCCAGAUAAAAAUCCUCAUGCAAACACUAAGAGAAGCUCAUAAUAUAAAAAAAACUCGGGGUCGAUUUUUUUAAUGUAUAUCGUUGGUAACGAUAGUGAAACGUAGUUAAGCUUAACACUUAGUUAAUUAUCAUACCACUUUUCGAUCCACUUCAUUUUUCAAUUCACUAUUGCUAGCGAUCACCGCUUGCAGCCGACCAUGACUUAUUUUAGCGCUAUUGGUUUGUCUCUAUUCUAUGAUUCCAUUCUUCCGUAAGCGACCACUUCACGUGGGCCGACCUCAGUACAGGUGCCCUUCGUGUAACCGGACGUUUUAAAAGCCACAAAUGUUGGUCGAUAUACCGUGUGUUUGCCAUUCAGUUUGAAAGUGACUUACCAAGAGACACUCUUUUUGCAAGAUUUUUUACUUUCAAGAUUGCGAUGCAAUCGUGUAGUUAUUCUUUUGGAUAAAAACGUGUUUUCCAUGACAUCGCUAUCGGGUUUAACAUUGUAUUUCUAAGGAUAUCAAAUUCCUAAAUGUUUAUUUUCCUCCAAACAAAAGAAAUUAUAUACGUAACACCUAAUCGGUAAUAAUGUUUUAUCAACGAACUACCUUUAUGUGAUAAAAUUGUUACUUCAGAAUUGUCUUAACUGUUCUACAGGAAGCGGAAUUCAAAUGGGAACCUGAACUGAAAGGUAAAAAAAAAUAAAUGAAUCAAUUAAAAGUGCGAUAAUGCUGCAUUGCUAAAAAUAAAUCGUGGCGUCAAGAUCCUAUGGUAGGAAAUAUUCACAUGACAGGCGUCUGACAAGGAAACCACUCACAGUUUAGUGUACAUUCGAUGGCUAUGGUAAUGACAUUUGUUAUGGGAUAUACCUGUAACGAUAAAUACCUGGAAAUUUCCAGAAUGCUGAGACAUGCUGACUUGCAUAACAUGGAACCAUAUGAAACAUUAUAUUAGGUCACGUAAUCAUAAUGUAAUAAUACUAAAAUAGUUGUGUUGUAAGCCUCCAGAAUGUUUGAGAAUACUUUGUAGAAUUAUUUCGUAACUCUUGUCGGGAGUGACCGACUGUUUGGAAAGCUAUACCGAGGGAAAGCUACUGUGAAAUUGUUCCUCUCAAGGAGCAUUGAAGGAAACUGUGAUUUUUUUUGGUCAGUGGUGAGCUAAGAUAUACCUUGUAGUGGGCUUAAGUAAGUGUAUUGAGGAUUAAUACUGUACUGACCAUAGGAUUGGCUCCUCAUUAAGAAUAUUAUUACAGGUUGUGUAAUAAAGCAGUUGAGUCUGUGGGAUUGCAAUGUUCUUUCUGUCGGUUAGAUUAUGACGCAACACAAGAUAACUUAAUUUUCUUCCCUUAGGUGUAAUUUUAGGAUCAUUUUAUUACGGUUACAUGGUGUUCCAAAUCCCAGGGGGAUGGUUAGCAUUACGAGUGGGUGGAGCUCGUCUGUUUGGAGCUGCUGUCAUGAUCGCCUCAUUGUUUACUUUGUUAACUCCCAUGGCAACGCGCUGGAACCCAGUUGCAUUGAUUGUAUUAAGAAUAUUAGAGGGCCUCGUGUUGGUGAGUUAAAAAUAAUAAUAAUGAUGACACUGAUAACGAUUGAAGUAAAAAAAAAGUGAAAUUAGUACUAAUAUUUUAAAUAAUGCAGUUGAAAAAAGUCAUUUUUUUAGGAAAUUGUCUUAAGCUUCGAUAUUAAAGUAGUUAGCGACUUACAAUAACAUAUUUCAUCAGGGAUAAAGUCUCAUAAAACUGGGGCAAUGCAUACGAUUAUAUUUAGGAUUAAUACUUAAUUUCUUUACCAGGCAUUUGUCGGAGGGAGGUAAUGUGCGGAAAAUAGAAUUUUGACUUACAGAGGAACUUGAGCCCUUUAUUACACCCAUUUUGAAAUCACUGGUGGUUCCUGUAAUCUGAUUGGCUCUAAUUGAUGCGAUUUAUUCACAAAUUGCACCAUUUUUUGCUUUAAAUCGCAUCUUUUUUCCAGCCAGUGAGGUGGCUACACUAAAAACAAAACAACCAAUCAGAUUUUAAGGCUUGUUCAAAGUAACCGAUCAAAUUGCAGGAAAAUGAAAGACAAAGAGUGUCAUGCGGCAAAUUUUGCAACUUUUGUUUCAAAAACUCUUAUUUAUUACCCCCAAAAAAGGGAUGAAUUUAAUUUCAGACCGGCUCAGUGAUACAUCAAUGAAAUAUUUGAACUUACCAGGUCCUGUAUUUGGGUGAUUUCAAAAUGGAUGUAAUAAAGUGGUAAUUGAACCUCGUGUCGUGCAAUUUUGGUCUGAAAUCAUUCUUGUGAUUAUAAAUCGAACUCGCGCUGGGCGCUCGUUUGAUUUUGAAAUCACGCGUAUGAUUUCAGCCCAAACUGCACUCCACUCAGUUCAAUUACCAUUAUGUAUCAUAAACAUAUUUAAACGCUUAAAACAAAAUGUCAGAAUUUGUCCUCUUGGUAAGUAGUUUUGUAGCCAGUGUAACUUUAUACGUACAAGUGCGAUUUUACAAAAAAAAUUUUUCUUGUGUAAGGACCACGCCCAACGUUCUCACCAUUACCGGUUAGUCUUUGCAAAAGUAAUGGCAAUUCCUUGAGAUAUGACUGCAAUGAAUAAAGGAACUAAUUUGUUUACUUCCAUGAAUGUCAGGGUGUUCUAUUUCCUUGUAAUCACGCUAUGUGGAGUCGAUGGGCGCCUUCAGCUGAGAGAACAACUUUAGUGAUGGUUUCCAUAACAGGUUUGCCCUAUAAUUAUAUCUGGUGAUUUUCCUUCAACAAAAUCUACCCAUGCACUCACGCACUUGGACUUUGCUUAUCAUCUCAGGGGGAAGCAUUGGAUACCUCCUUACUAUGCCUAUUACAGGCUUGCUCACCAAAUAUGGUUUUGAUGGGGGCUGGGCCUCCGUAUUUUAUUGCUUUGGUGAGUAUCUGAGCUCAAUACAGUAUUGUGAAAUUUUAUCGUUUGGAAGUAAUGCGUCAAAGACAUAUAACGUACGAGUUUUAUAUGUCACUGACUUCCUUUUCCAUUUGAGUUAUCGAUGAUUUAAAAAUUAUUUCGAUUUUAUUUACGUCUUUAUCUGAACAUUGCAAUGUAGCUGCUGCUGCUUUUAUUCUUUUGCAAUAAACUGCUGUAUCUAUGCUUAAGACUUGUUUCGAUUCUAUGAGUUUUAAAUAGUUUCUACUCGUAGGUCGAUAACGAUUUUCGUCAUGAAAGUUGGAUAAGUUCAAACUGAAGGGCUCGUUAGACCUAAGCUAAUCUUUCCUCCCUGUCACUCACGCGUGCCUGUAAUAUCCUGAGGUAUCCACCCUCUCCUCCCUCCAUUCCACUAAAGGGCCUCUUGCCUUAGAAGAGGUGGCUAAACCAGUCAGUCAGUCAGUCAGUCACACAAGAAUGCUUAAAUAGAAGCCGUACCGAAAAUGAUUUUAUGGAUUUUUUUUUAUCAGGUGUGUUUGGUAUAGUGUGGUACUUCGUUUGGCUGAUGGUUGUCUACGAGUCUCCUGCACUUCACCCGACCAUAUCAGAUGACGAGAAGAGUUUAAUACAAGAAACAGCCCUGGACUUGUCUAAGGUAGGUCUCGUACAUGACCUUUGGUGUACUUCUAAAUGGGCAAUGUUCCCUGCAGUGUUUGUGGUAUUCUUGGUUUACAUGUAUGAUCCAGUUCCAUGGCAUAUGAUGUUUAGCAUGUGGAGCUAAUUUAUACUAAAGGGAUAGCCUAUUCUUUAAAUGCUUAAGCGAGAACUGGAUUAUUGGAAAUGAGAAAAAAAAUUAAAAACAUGGGAAUUCGACUAAGAUUCAGAUAAGGAAAUUUGCCUCGAAACUUAGGUUAUUUAAUCUCCUCACCUCAAUUCCACUCGCCCCCGCUCUCCUCCCCUACCCUCUCCAUCCCUUCUCCUCCCGCGCGUCUCCACUUCCUCUUUUUGUUCAAGACCUGACCUAAGUGGUCUGGAAAAAUAAAGUAAAUUGUGACUGAAUAUCCGCGUUUUUCCUAAGUUAGAGACAGUCUUCAUGCGUUGAUUUUAUCUUUUCUACGCAUUCUUCUUCAACUUUAUUCUGAGUUUCCUUGUCCAUUCUAUAACGUUACAUACAUCUUUCCUUUUUUUUUAUGAUUAUUUUUAUUUGAUUUAAUCCCAACAUAUAGUACUGUCUUUCUUUCCUCAGGUAGAGAAUAUUGUAAUUCCUUGGAAAUCUAUCUUACUAUCACCACCUGUUUGGGGAAUAAUUGCGGCCAAUUUUGCAUUGGAUUGGGCGUUUUAUAUUUUGCUUAUAUCGAUGCCAACUUUUCUACUAGAUGUCAUGAAAACAUCUAUCACCAGUGUGAGUUUAUAG